GAGGAAGCCAAAGUACCUGGAGAAAGCAUUAGGACAACAUGUCAAAUUCAGAAAUGGGAGUCAUAUUUGCUAUCUUCCAAAAAUUAUUUGGCUGUUUAUGAAGUCUACCUUAUUUACCCAUCAUGCGCUGUAGGAAAAUAUUGCGCUAUUUACGUGCGCAAAAUGUUUUUCUUACACGUAAUGUCGGUUUGCUCCACUGCGAUGGUGGCGCUCUAAUAGUAUCACUUCACUUGCAUAACAUGAAACAGGAACGAGUGAGACCCGGCGGGUGGAAUAAAUUGACUGGUCAUUUUCGUCAAACAUCGUGAGUGUCGUUCGUCUCCAACUUGGCUGAUCAACAACAUAAAAACGUCCCAUGGUCUUCCGCUAGAGGGCGUCCAGGAACUCACUCAAAUGACAUCAUCAUUACGUAGCAGGAAGUCAAGCGACGACGUCAAAAGUGGGCUUGGUUGCAGCACUCAAAACAAGUUUAUCCGCCUUCUAUUCGGCUGCAUCAGAUAAACACCCAACUUAUGUGGUGAAUGGUUAACCCUUAGCUACGCUACAACUGCAACGACGAAAGAGACCUGAGUGGUUGCAGCGAGAAAAUGUUCGCAAGGACCACAGCAAAGUACGUGGAGGAAAAGGUCUGUAGUCGUCAACGACUGGAAGCUCUUUGGCUGCAGCCUUAUGUUGUGUUGCGCAGAGCAGACAUCAGUGAAGCUAUUUGUCCUAAGCAGGAGCCAGAGCGCACUCACAUUAAAGAGGAAGAUGUGGGCAAAGAGGUCCAACAUUUCAAUGACCAAAUGGAGCAGAAUUUCUUUUGCAUCAUAAAAAAGGAAGAAGAGCCGGAGCGGCCUUGUAAUAAAGCGGAGGGAGAGGACUCCUGCGACAUUAAAGACUUCUAUGACAUUAAAAAGGAAGAGGAGGAGGAUGCCUGCGAGAUGCCAUUGAUUGGUCUCCCUUUGAAGAGUUUAGAUGAGGGUCAACAUGAGGUGAGCAAAGGGGAGGAGCCUCCAAGCUGCAGCUCAAGUCAACAACUGAGCAGAGAAAGUGAUGGAGACCACUGUGGAGGAUCACAAGCAGCUCCACCAUCAGAUAGUGAUGAUGUGUCGUCACAUGUUCCUGCUGCUGCUGCUGAUAAUGAUGAGUCUCAAAACAAACACAGGCAAUGUUCUCAGUGUGGAUUUUUUUUUGCUCAUAGCAGUAGUUUGAAACAACACAUGAAAAUACACACAAGAAAGAAAAACUUUUCCUGCUCAUUUAGUGGCCAAAAACUUUCUAAGAGGACAAAUUUAAAAAGGCACACAGGAAUCCACACUUGUGAGAAACCUUUUUCAUGUUCAGUUUGUGGCCAAAGAUUCUCUGACAAGGGAACCUUAAAAAGACAUACAAGAAUCCACACUGGUGAGAAACCUUUUUCAUGCUCAUUUGUGGCCAAAAAUUCUCUCAGAGGGGACGUUUAAAAACGCACACAAGAAUCCACACUGGCGAGAAACCUUUUUCCUGCGCAGUUUGUGGUCAAACAUUCUGUCACAAGGUAAACUUAAUCAGGCACACAAGAGCCCACACCUAACACUGUUGCCUGCUUAGUCAGUUGCCAAAGAGUCUCUAUUGAGAAUUUCCGAGUGUCGUGGGGAGAUGAGCAAUGAUCUAUGAAGUUCUCACCUUCUAUUUGAGCAGACUAUGAGUUUAUGCAUCAAUGAUCAUUCUAUUCUAGUAUGUACCUUUUGAUUGAGAUGCUGAACUCCUUUCCUUUACUACAGUGAGAAGUUCAUAUUUUAGUUUUAGUAAUGAAUUUGAAAAUACUUAACCGGCCUCGGGAUGAUGAUAGUUCUGUGUUUUUCAUUAUACGUGAUGUUUAUUAUGGUUUUAGUUGUGGUUUUUAACCGUGGGUGUAAUAGCAGCAGACUAUUACGGUGUAAUAGCAGGUCCUUCAUUCCCACUGCUGUCAGACUCUACAACAUGCGUGGCGCCUGAUAAAAUUGUGUUAAGUCUCUACCGCUACUCGUGGCACUUGUCGUUGUCCUUGUCUGUUAUUUAUCCUUUUUUAAAUUUGGCACUUGUAUUCUUCCACUCUUGUACGCUGCUGUGACAAGUAAAUUUCCCCGCUGUGGGAUGAAUAAAGUACUAUCAUAAUCAACUGCAAUUAGUUUUAAUUCAUAUUCAGUGCAAGUUGCUUAGUUUUUAUUUGGGUUUAGAGUUUUGUUUAUUUCAGCUUUUCAUGUUCAUGUGGAUCAAUAAAAUGAAA